AUGGAUACGAUGGACCUCGACUACAAUACUCGCAUAGAGCAGUUGCGAGAACGAGAAUAUCCGCAGCUAGAAGGUAACUUGGUAUUCAGCUAUGCUCCACUGAUUAUGUCUGCUUACAUUUCCUUUCUGUCAGACACCGUAUACCUUGACCAUGCGGGCACUACUCCGUAUGCAAAGUCUCUGAUUGAGCGCUUCUCUGCGGACAUGAUAUCAAACCUUUACGGCAACCCGCACUCCGCGUCUUCAGCGUCACAACUCUCAACUAGACGAACCGAGGAUGUGCGGUUGCGGCUGUUAGGCCUCUUCAACGCUGACCCUGACGACUUUGAUAUUGUGUUCGCGGCGAACGCUACUGCCGGCAUCAAACUUGUCAUGGAGGCUUUUCGAGACCACGGAGGCGGGUUCUGGUAUGGAUAUCACAGGGACAGCCAUACCAGCCUCGUUGGAGUGCGAGAAGCAGCUGCAAGGCACAGAUGCUUCACGUCGGACGCAGAAGUUGAAGGCUGGCUUAGUGGCUCCAUCAUAGAUGAAGGCAGUUCAGGCCUCGGCCUUUUCGCCUAUCCUGCGCAGUCUAAUAUGAACGGCCGUCGUUUGCCGCUGGACUGGGCAGGCCGACUUCGAUGCUCAGCACCGAAAACAGAUCAGGCUGUGUAUACAUUGCUGGAUGCCGCAGCCUAUGUCUCGUCUUCGCCGUUAGACCUGAGCAAUGCAGCAUUAGCGCCAGACUUCACCGUGAUGAGCUUAUACAAGAUCUUCGGUUUUCCCGACCUCGGGGUUCUGAUCGUAAGGAAGGGAUCGGGACACGUCUUGAAGACACGCAAGUAUUUUGGCGGCGGCACUGUUGACAUGGUGCUUUGUAUGAAAGAGCAAUGGCAUGCGAAGAAAUCAGAAUCGCUGCAUGACCAGCUGGAAGAUGGCACUCUACCGAUACACAGCAUCAUUGCGCUGGACUCGGCGAUGAACGUGCACCAAGAAAUUUUUGGAGCGCUUGAGCGGAUAUCGCGACAUACAGCCUUUCUGGCCAGGAAUCUCUAUCAUGGCCUGCGGGACUUGCGUCACUGGAACAACGUGGCCGUAUGCGAAAUCUACAAGGAUGCAGAGUCUGAAUACGGCGACACACGAUCUCAAGGUCCAGUCGUAGCAUUCAAUAUUCGCAAUAGCCAGAAAGCAUGGGUGAGUAAUACAGAAGUCGAAAAGCUGGCGGCAAUCAAGAACAUUCAGCUUCGGACAGGCGGCUUGUGCAACCCUGGCGGAAUAGCGUCCUCCCUCGGGCUGGCUCCAUGGGAGAUGAAAGAGAACUUCUCGGCAGGCCAGCGCUGCGGCAAUGAGAAUGAUAUCCUGGGCGGCAAGCCGACUGGCAUGAUUCGCGUCAGUCUCGGAGCAAUGAGCUCCGUUCGUGACAUUGACGCCUUCUUGGACUUCAUGAACGAGUUCUUCGUGGAUAACGUGGCUCCAGUACCCGCUGCUCCGCUCCUAGGUACGGAGGCCUCAGCGCAAUCCCAGUAUCACGUUGAAAGUCUUACAGUGUAUCCAAUCAAGAGCUGUGCUGGCUGGAAGGUGCCGCCGGACAUGCCUUGGGAAGUGCGUAAGGAGGGCCUUGCCUGGGACAGAGAGUGGUGCCUUGUCCACCAAGGCACAGGAACUGCUCUCAGCCAAAAGCGCUAUCCGAGAAUGGCUCUAAUUCGACCGAUCAUAGACCUGGAGACAGGGUUACUCCGCGUUAGAUAUGUUGGCGGCGGCACGACACGUGGAGGCAGCCCAGAGGUUGCUGUGCCUCUGUCUGCCGAUCCAAACUACUUCGCUGGUCCUGACGGCUUCCGGACUUCGCCAGCCAACGUAUGCGGUGACAAGGUGACGGCUCGGGUUUACAAGAUGCAAGAAAUUAUAACAUUCUUCACUGAAGCCCUCGGUAUACCUUGCCAACUUGCUCGCUUCCCAGCAGUUGGCAGUCAUGGAGUAUCAUCAAGGCACGCAAAAGCCCACCUUCAGCAACAUCAAUUGCGUACUGCUCCACAAAUACCCGGCGCCUUUCCAGCCGCACCGCCCGGAGAGCAAGGCACUAUACAAAGGCCAAUCCUUCUAUCAAAUGAGAGCCCUAUUCUUACCAUCUCACGAUCAAGCCUUAACCGCCUGAACGAGCAGAUUAAGGCGAAUGGUGGUAAAGCGGCACAAGCAGAGGUCUUUAGGGCUAACAUAGUUGUCGCCGAAGCCUUGCAGGCCCAACCGGGUACAGAGCAGCCCUACGCAGAGGAUCAUUGGCGCUACAUGCAGAUUGGACGGCAGCUCUUCCAGAUGUUGGGCUCUUGCCGCCGCUGUCAGAUGGUCUGCGUAGAUCAGAACACGGCGGUCAAAAAUGAGGAACCGUUUGUCACGUUAGCUAAGACAAGGAGGUUUGACGGGAAGGUGUGGUUUGGACAGCAUGGCUGCCAUGUGCAGAUGCAGGAUCGAUCUUCGCCGCAUACACAAAAUCCCACGAUCAAAGUUGGGGACUCUGUGAGAGCAUUUGGCGAAGACGACGAUUUGCCUCACGGCCUCGUAUCAUGA